AUGGCUCGUACCAAGCAAACAGCUCGUAAGUCCACUGGUGGUAAGGCCCCUCGUAAGCAAUUGGCUACCAAGGCCGCUCGUAAGUCUGCUCCCUCUACUGGUGGUGUCAAGAAGCCUCAUCGUUACAGACCUGGUACUGUCGCUCUUCGUGAAAUCCGUCGUUACCAAAAGUCCACUGAAUUGUUGAUCCGUAAAUUGCCCUUCCAACGUCUUGUCCGUGAAAUCGCUCAAGAUUUCAAGACUGAUUUGCGUUUCCAAUCUUCUGCCAUUGGUGCUCUUCAAGAAGCCUCUGAAGCUUAUUUGGUUUCUCUCUUUGAAGAUACUAAUUUGGCCGCUAUUCACGCCAAGCGUGUCACUAUUCAACCCAAGGAUAUUCAAUUGGCCCGUCGUCUCCGUGGUGAACGUUCUUAGAUUAUUUGAUACAAAAUGACACAGGAUAGCGUUGGAUAAUAGUACUAUAGCAUGGCUUUUCCUACGAUAUAACCUAUGCACUUGAGACACCCACCUACAAACAGAUUAUAUUCCUAUAGGGUCGCUCCGAAACAUGCC